UCCCCGGAUGCCGCCUUGCCUAAGACCGGCUCGGAACUUUCCAGAAAAGUCGGGAUUGUCUGCUGCUGCCGCCAGAGGGGCCGCGGAGGAGGACGGGGCUCGGCUCGGCGGCGCCUGCGGACGGAUCUUUCUCUCGGCCUGGAGCGCGCGAUACCAGUGGCAGCAUGGUGAAGGAGACCACCUAUUAUGAUGUCCUUGGGGUCAAGCCUAAUGCCUCCCAAGAAGAGCUGAAGAAGGCCUAUAGGAAACUGGCACUCAAAUACCAUCCUGACAAGAAUCCUAACGAGGGUGAAAAGUUCAAGCAGAUCUCUCAAGCUUAUGAAGUACUUUCUGAUGCCAAGAAAAGGGACUUGUAUGAUAAAGGCGGUGAACAAGCUAUAAAGGAGGGUGGUAGUGGAGGAGGCUUUGGAUCACCUAUGGAUAUCUUCGAUAUGUUUUUUGGAGGAGGUGGAAGAAUGCAGAGAGAGAGGAGAGGUAAAAAUGUUGUUCAUCAGUUGUCAGUAACAUUAGAAGACCUGUACAAUGGAGCAACACGAAAGCUUGCUCUGCAGAAGAAUGUGAUCUGUGACAAAUGUGAAGGCCGAGGUGGUAAGAAAGGUGCUGUGGAGUGCUGCCUUAACUGCCGAGGAACAGGCAUGCAAAUAAGAAUCCAUCAGAUAGGACCUGGAAUGGUCCAGCAGAUUCAGUCCGUGUGCAUGGAGUGUCAGGGCCACGGAGAGCGCAUCAGCCCCAAGGACCGCUGUAAAAGCUGCAAUGGGAGGAAGAUUAUUAGAGAGAAGAAAAUCCUGGAAGUUCAUAUCGAUAAAGGAAUGAAAGAUGGUCAAAAGAUUACUUUUCACGGUGAAGGUGAUCAAGAACCAGGGUUGGAGCCUGGAGACAUCAUCAUAGUCUUGGAUCAAAAAGACCAUUCUUUGUUUACAAGACGAGGUGAAGACCUGGUCAUGUGCAUGGAUAUUCAGUUGGUUGAGGCACUCUGUGGUUUUCAGAAACCCAUUGCGAUGCUGGAUAAUCGAACCAUAAUCAUUACUUCUCAUCCUGGUCAGAUUGUCAAACAUGGAGAUAUUAAAUGUGUGCUGAAUGAGGGCAUGCCUAUCUAUCGUAGACCAUAUGAAAAGGGUCGUCUGAUCAUUGAGUUCAAGGUAAUUUUUCCAGAUAGUGGCUUCCUUUCUUCAGAUAAGCUGUGUCUAUUGGAAAAGCUGCUGCCUCCAAGGCAAGACGUGGAGGAAACCGAAGACAUGGAUCAGGUAGAGUUGGUGGACUUUGACCCGUCUCAGGAAAGGAGGCACCAUUACAAUGGGGAAGCUUACGAAGAUGACGAGCACCAUCCCAGGGGUGGCGUCCAGUGCCAGACCUCUUAGGCCCUCUGCGUCCCCUUGUGCUGCUUGUCUUCGUUGUCAGUUGUGGAUGAGUGAAGGACUGCAGUUGCUCCACUCUUAAACUUGCCAUUCUCCCUAUAAUAUUAAAGCAUAAGUUGUUUUUAAAUCAAGUUAACAAACUAAAUCAGUAAGAACUACUUCAAUCAAGUUGGAUGACGUUCAUAUUUCUAUAUGGCCUCCUAAGAAAAUCCAGAAGCUAAUUGGCUCUGGUUGUGUUUGUUUUCCUUUUUUCAUUUUGUGCAUCGUAAUUGUAUUGUGUGCAAAUGCACUGGCUUAGUAUUCAGUGAUUUAUGUUUAGUAUUAAAUUAUAUCCCCUCUUAAGUAUGCACAUGUAUUUAUGAUUCAUGUUAAGAUGUGAAAUUAAAGAUUUUGUAUUCAUCA